AUGGCUUCAUCAACAGCUGUGAAACAAAAAGGAAAAGGCAUAUCAAGACCAACAAAAAGUGUUGAUACAUGGAAAAGAAAAGGAUUGUCGAUUUGUUCGGAUGGAUGGUCAGAUGUUAAAAGGCGGCCAUUGAUAAAUAUAAUGGGAGCAUCUAGUGGCGGACCAAUAUUUUUAAAAUCAAUCAAUUUAAGUGGGAUUAUUAAGGAUGGUGAAUAUAUUGCUAAGUUAUUUAUUAAAGCCAUAGAAGAUGUCGAUGCAAAGAAAGUUGUCCAAGUUAUCACUGAUAAUGCAGAAAAAUCAACUCACUUUAAAAAUUGCGAAUGGAUAUUAAAGUUGAAUGGUCAAGUGAGUAGCUUAAAGAAUUUUGCAGUGAAUCACGACAUGGCGCUUGCCAUUUUCCAAAAGUAUUCGGAGUUAUCUUUGUUGAAAGUUGCGGAAACAAGAUUUGCUUCCCAUAUUAUUAUGACUUCUCGUAUUCAUAGAGUUAAAUCGUCAUUGGAAAAAAUGGUGAUGGAUGACGAAUGGACGAAUUAUAAAGGAUAUAAAGUAAUUGAAGCUAAAGCGCGCGAAAUAAAAUCUCUUGUAAUGGAUGAUGAAUGGUGGGAUACUAUUGAAUACUUGUUGAGGUGUACGGAGCCAAUUGUAUCCAUGCUUAGAAGUGCCGACCUUGAUUGUCCAAAAUUGCACCUUAUUUAUGACAUGUGGGAUACAAUGAUUGAAAAGGUGAAGGUGAUUGUAUUUGAGCAUGAGGGGAAAGAUCUUAUUACCGGCCAAUCGAAUUUUUUUGCUACAAUUCAAGGAAUUCUUGUGGCAAGGUGGAAUAAGAGUAAUACUCCAUUGCAUUGCAUGGCACAUUCAUUGGUUCCGAAAUAUUAUCAUGAGUCGUGGCUUAAAGGUGAAAGCAACGGGUUAAGAAGACUUGCUCCUAAUGAAGAUAUAAAGAUUUCACAAAAUAGGCUCAAAUGCUUUCAAAGAUAUUUCAAGGAUCCAAAUGAUUUAAAGAAAGCUUCUUUGGAGUAUGGGGCAUUUUGUUGUGGGAAUGGUUACUUUGGCGAGCCUCAUGUGAUUGAUGCUAUGGG